UAUUAUUAUUAUUAUUUUAAGUUUUAUAAAUAUAUUUGCCCACAGUCCUGUGUUUUAUGAGCAUGUGGAAUUGUGGUGAUUCAGAGUGGAGGAUUUCACUGACAUUAAUGACAGCUGAGAAAAAGUAAAAAAAAAAAAACUUUGAUGUCUCCACUGUCGGUCCUGACAAACUAUCUCUUACAUGUUGCUAAAUAAUUUAUCACCUCAUCAAAAGAAGACUAGAGGUGAAGCGGGGGUGGGUUUAGGUUUUAUUGACCGGAAGUGAAUUUGAUGUGAUUCUGCAUUUAGGCCAGAGUUCACUGGUCAAGGCAUUAAGCUUUGCUGUUAUCAGAAAUGUUGUGGAAAGGGGGCAUAAAUGGACUUGACCUGUUUAGCAAAUAUUAAAUUAUAAUGCUACUCUUACCAUAUGGCAUAUUUUUCCAGUCAUUAAUAACUGUAUUUUUCUGGUUUUGUUUUCCCUUCUUAAUGCUACUAUAUUUGAAGUCUUUGUUGACCUAAUUAACAAAUAAUAAAUUGUAAUGCUACUCUUACCAUAUCGUAUAUUUUUCAAAUAUUAAAAAAUAUAUGUUCUUGUUUUUUCUGAAUGCUACAACAUUUUAAGUAUUUGUUGACCUCUUUAUUAUUAAACUAUUAACUACUAAACUAUAAUGCUAUUAUUACUAUAUGGCACAAGGUAUUUCUUUCUUGAUUUAUUUGUUUGUUUGUUUGCCAAAUGAAUUUAGUUAUUUAUUGGCAAGAAUGCAUUCUUUAUAGGCAUCCUAUUCCUAAUAAUUUAGUAAUUAUUCAUGUCAUAAACAGUAAAGUCAAUAUAAAAUACACACAUUUCUCUUUCUCUCCCCUUGUUCUUGUGGUUAUGCAAAUUAUUUAUUUUAUUAUUUGAACUUUAUAGCCCUAUUUAUUUAUAAGUAUGCAUAUUCUAUGCAGGUCAAAUAUUUAAAGUAUCCUAAUAAUUUAUUAAUUUAUUCAUGACAGCAGUGCAGUCGAUGUAAAGCGCAAAUUUCUCUCUUUCUCUAUCGAUUAGUUUUUUCCCCAUGCAAUUAUGCUGAUUAUUUAUUUAAAAUAUUUAUUUAUUUACUUACAAGUAUGUAUAAUAUUUGCAGGUCAAGUAUUUAAAAUAUCCUUAUCCUAAUAAUUUAUUCAUGAUGUCAACAGUGAAGUCAACGUGACUUUCGUCUUGUCCGACUGCAGCUAUGAACUGAGAUACUCAGCUUAACAUCUGAAAGAGUGUAUUUAUAGGCCACCCUAGUUAAAAGGUCUUGUUAGGACAACUGCUUGAGAUGCUGUAUAGGAAAGGUAAGACUGGUGAGAAUGGUUUGGCCUGAGUGAAACCAUAUGUUUUACAGAAAGGUAAUCUAGAAGAGUGCAGUGAUAGGAGGUCAGGGGCUUAACUUAACUAGUCACGCAAGACAUUUUCUGACACUAGAGUAAUUGAGAAUAUUGGCCCGCUGAUCUAAUUAACUAUGACUCAUGAAUAAUCAAUAAUUUAAAAGAAUUAAGGAAUCAUUUAGAGACUGAGAGGUGUUAGCUUGAUUAAUUUUUUGUGCCUCCAUCUGGAUAUAGAUGGGCGAAUCUCACAAAGGAUGUUAAGAAUUUGGAGUAUUUCUUUAACGAUUAUUUAUUUAUCAAGAACAUAUUAAUGUACAUACAUUAUGUAUACAUUAUUUCUUAAUUUAUAUUAUCUUAACAAGACCUCAUCUCACUAUAAUGGGUUUCACCGUGAAGAUUCUGCAUGUCAGAUCAAAGAGCAAAUGAGAUUUAGACCUUCUAAAAAUACCAGUGCGUUCAUAGUAAGACAACCUGCUUCUAGUUGUAAGUAGAUUACAUCAGUUUACUUGCGAGGAGAAUGCAGCACAGCACUUUCACCUCAGUUAUCGUGGCCAUUUUUAUACAAUCGUCAUUGUGAGUUUUAGACAAAGAUGGGACAAAUUCAAAGCGAUGAAGAUAAGGAAGUGGAACUAGCAGAGAUCCAGCCUCUUUAUACCAAAUUCAUGAGAGUGUGCCCAAGUGGAGCCCUGCAUCUUCAUGAAUUCCGCAAGAUCUUCGGAGUUCAGAGCACAUCAGAAGACGAGGCUUUGUACAUGGAAACCCUCUUCAAAUCUUUUGACACAAACAGGGAUGAUGUUAUAGACUUUAUGGAAUUUGUAGCAGCCGUCCACCUGGUUCUGAGAGGAAAACUGGAGGACAGACUGAAAUGGUCUUUUAAAGUCUACGACAGAGAUGACAAUGGAAAGUUGGACAGACAAGAAGUCAAACGUGUCAUAAAGGUAAUUUGCCAACUUAAGAAAAACCACAUCCACAUGACACCCAGCGACAUUUGCGACAGGAUAUUCGAAAUUUUGGAUGAAAACAAUGAUGGUCAGAUAUCCCUGUCAGAGUUUAUGGAAGGGGCACAAAAAGAUGCCUGGAUUAUGGACCUCUUAAAACUGGACACUAAUGCACGGGGCUGGUUCAGGGAAAACUGGGGGGAAAAAAGUUUUCAAUAGGUCAAGGCCCAUGGGGCAAAACCUGUGUGACCUUUUACAAUCCUUCAAAGGUUGGGGGCUGCAAAUGGGACAGACCUGGUAUGGAGGGCAGAAAAUAUUUGCCUUCUGUCACGAGCAAGUACGUGCCUCAUCAUACACUGAGCACUUGAUGUUCAACCAGUCUGCACAUGUGAAAGCGGCUCACAUUUUCUUCUUGGUGUGGUGCUGAUGCUGACAUGUAAUUACCAAAAAAUGACAUUAAAAGCAUGAAUCAUAUGUAUACAGAGGGAACUAUAAUUAUGAUCUGCAGUCAGCUUUUAGUAUUUAAUCCAUUUGUAUCCUUUGUAUGUAAGAAGCAUUUUUUUAAAAUGAUAUAUUUCACAAUUAUGUUAUCAUCAGACUAUUUAGGCCUAUGCAGGCCCUGUAAUAUUAUAUUACAUAAAUUAAUAUAAUUACCAAAAUUCAUUUUAUAUAUUAUAUAUUAUUUAUUUGUCUUUACACUGAUUAUUUUAUACCAUAGAAUAU